AUGCGUGCGUUGAAUUUAAGCAGCGCUCGUGACGCAACGGGAAACUCCAAUAACGCAAAAUUUCUUCGAGCCACCAAGAGAUUCUUCAAGAAAAUCUACUCGACAGCAACCUUGCCAAACAAGAAGCCGUCACUGUUCGAUGUCGAAUCAAAUCCACAAAAAACAGCGCAGUUCUUUGAGAUUGGAUAUCGCACUCCGGCGUUAGCCAAUGAAGCUGAAAUUUCACGUUUGGAGGAUUUUCGUACCUACGGCCAUACUUACAUUGACACCAGUUAUCCAGACAGUGGCCUAGACAUGGAUAGAUCCUCAACGCCAGACCAAUCAAUGGGCUCAAUGACAGUGACUUCAUCGGAUUCGCGUGUAACAUCAUCUGAAUCCAGUCGCGAAGAACGCUGUGAUGACCUUUUCGAAACAUUAAGACGAGAAAUGCAUGCAAUGCGUGCACGCGACGCGGCUAUACUUGCUGAUUUGCAUCGUCAUGCAAUGCGUGCACGCGACGCGGCUAUACUUGCUGAUUUGCAUCGUGUCGAGUCCCAAAUACAAAGCGUCAAGAUGGCUCGUCUCGGAAUUUAUGACACAUCUUCACAACCGGUGCCAAGUCUUCCGAUCUGA